ACCCAGGGCGCGCAGAACAGCACCGUCGGGCUUCCCUCGGGCUUCCCGUUCAAACGCGGCGUCGAGGCUCGCCAAUUCAACUUUACCCUCCCCAACCAAUUGCCUGUUGAGGGAACGCUCCCCUUCGGCAUGACCGUCACGCAAGGUGCACAGAACAGCACUGUCGGUCUCCCGUCGGGUUUCCCAUUCAGGCGCCAGUUCAACUUCACCCUACCUAACCAACUCCCCGUCGAUGGUACCCUUCCCUUCGGACUCACCGUCACCCAAGGUGCUCAGAACAGCACCGUCGGCCUCCCUGCGGGCUUCCCGUUCAAGCGCGAUGAUGGUGGCGUGCAAUCGAGGCAGUUCAACUUCACCUUGCCCAAUCAGCUUCCCGUCGAGGGCGAACUGCCCUUCGGCUUGACUGUGACCCAGGGAACGCAGAACAGCACGGUCGGCUUGCCUGCGGGCUUCCCGUUCUGA